CUCCUGAGGUGCCGGACAGUUUGCCAGAACCUCUUUGGAGCCGAUCGAUAGUCUUUCUCCAUGGCCUCACCAAACUCCUCCCACGCCCAAGCUUUUGCCUCGGCAACUGCCACUGCUGCACCGCACUUGGCUAUCCGGUACCUGGCUGCUGCCUCCGGAGACCCACAGACCAGCCACGCCCUGUAGGCCUCCUCCUUCAGCUUGACGGCUCCCCGAACCUCUGGUGUGAAAGUGGUGUGUAAUGUGAUAUAGGGGUUGUACCCGCAAGCUUGACUUUUAUUUUGAAGGUUUCUGGAUGUUUUCCACUGCUUUCUUGUUUGACUUCCUGUCUGGCCCAAUCUUAACUGCAGAAAAUAAACGUUUGAAGAGUUUGUUAGAGUAGCAUGUAAAAUAGACUCAAAACGUAAGCAAAGCGUCUUCAUGCUUCUGGGGAUGUGUCCAAAACAUAACAUUUCACAUUCAGUAGAAAGGAACCAGUCCCAUAUAAUGGCAGCAAAGUAUGUUUUGCGAUAAUUAGCCACCGUUUUGUGUCUGGUGGAAAGUAAGGUAAAGAGUGACUCCCUCACUCCUUCCCUUUCAGUGAGUUUCAUGGGCACCAUAAGGUCCUAGAGAUGAUGAGCAAAGACGAAUAAAUACAUUUCACUGUAAUAUCAGGAAAUUAGUGUGAGAUUUAGAGCCUACUCUGUUUCCAAUUCACCGUUAGAAUUGUUAGCUCAACAUUAGCCUCUAGCUUUCUCUACCCAAUUUUAAAUGUUGUUCUUGUUCUCAAGCGUAUAAAAAGUAUCUACCGAGUCGUUCCUGUUUCCUGGCUUAGGUUCUUCACAAAACACUGCUGAGUUUUGCCAACUGGUGUUGAGUUACAAAUGCGGUGUAGACUCAUCAACCCCGGUGCGGGUUCACAGAUUGUAAACAAAGACUACGUCCCUCUUUAGCUUUUUGGAAAGGAUAAAAGCUGACAACCUCCCAGAAAUCAACUGACUUCCUUCCAACAUGAUUGAGACAGUAGACUGUUUUAUGACUAUUUCCCUGUCAAAUUCUUACAUGUUGUACCUUAUAGUCAGACAUAUGCUUUUGGUGUCCACUUUUGUCUGUUUCACAAUGGACCCCAAUAACCAAUUUGGUGAAACGUCCUUAAAGUAACAAAUUUAACCAAUAACUGAUUAACCUUUGAAGUCAUGCCAGUUAAAGAUGGCCACUGUCCCUCGACAACACAAAAAGGCUAUGACCACGGUAAUGUUGCAUAUGUUGAGUAAAAAUUUGGCCGUAGAGUCUUUGCUAACACAAAUCUCAACCUAGACAUCCUUGCUUGAAACUGCCAUCAGCUGUUGGCGUCAACUAUGUAAACAAAAUAGUUCAUAAACCACUUUAUAAAUUAUUGAAGAAACUCUUAGAAAGUAAUAAUCAGAUUUGCAUCUACAACUGAACCUUCUCUGGACUCUUUGCAAUCAGUGGCAGCGCCGGGGGGCUCUAGGGGUCGCUAUAGCUACCCCUGGAUUAGUCAUUGCACCCCCAUAGCACCCCCAAGUAAAUAUUAACUUUUUUUUUUACAAUUUAAUUUUAAUUUAACGUGUGGAUGUGAUUAUAUUUAACAUACAAAACAAAAAUAACCAGUAAAUUAUCAUAUAGAUAGUAAAAACUUAAACCAAAACAGGAAUUUGAUGUUAACCUUUGACCUCAUUUUCCACCUGCGAAUGAGUGAAAGGUAGAGCUAGUGGUAAAAUGGAUCGGUUUUUGUUGCCCAAAUUUCCACAGGUUCAGUCAGAAAUGAAUGAAUCUUUCGAGGUGAUCCCAGACCCACAAAAACCUACGGCUCUGGAUGAAGAGAGUCAACCUUCAAACGCCGCAGCAGUGGUCGGUUUAGCCGCUGGAAAUGCUAACACUAACGUUAGCUAACCUUGCAACACUAUAGAUGGUUUUCUGUGUGGCUGUAUGUGUUUAUGAUUUCAUGGAAAAGUCAGCGAUUGUUCAUAUGUUUAUGAUGUAUAUUAAUGAUUGUUUCAGGUGUUGUUGAGGUUUUGUGCACACAUGUGUAUCUGCUAGUGUUGAAGGUGUUUUAGAGAACAAUAGGUACGCAUGACCACUUCCUUCAUAGCACCCUCAAUAAAAAGACUAGCUCCUUCAUAGCACCUGCAGAAAAAAAAUUCUGGAGCCGCCACUGUUUGUAAUGCAAAAGCCAUUGUCAAACUUUGGGAUCACCUGGCUUCUUUUUGUCACCGUCUUCAUCCGAGUAGAUAGUCUUUGUGGACAAAGGCAAACAUCACAGCUGCAAGUUGAUACAAAUUCACAAUGAGGCUUUUGGAACACAAAAGAUUUUCUGCAGAGGAAGCUGUGAGCUCAUUUCCAGGCACAAGUGAUGUUUAGCUCAGGAACUUGCAAUGUCCUGUAGAAUCAUACUCGUGUGUAACCCCUCACCUCGUUGGGUAAGUAGACGUACAGCUUCAGGGAGAAAUUUUCAGAGUGGAGCACUUCCCGUGAAGGUGUGCUGACAUUUCUUUUCAUCUGGUUGUGACCGACUGACUUUUUUGCUCCUAUUUCAAAGCAGUGAAGGGUCUUUUGCAUAUUCUUAAACUUAGUGUUUCUUCAUACAUUUUGAGCUGUCCGACGCAGCAUGUUGUCAUUAAAUCAGUGGUUUUGCUCUGGUUUUGUGCAGCCAACAGGCUUUUGGGCUUAACAUUGUCAGACUGAAUGAGUGGCCUCCAUGGAGACCAGCAUGAUCAUUGAAUUUGAUGAGCAGCACGGUGCCAAACAGGCCAACUGAAUCAAGAUCAGCCUUUUGUGGCUUUCACAACCGCCCUGGUGGCUGCCUUUUUACCCUUGCUAUGGGAUGUGGUGUUGAUAGAUUUCUUAUGUGUUACAAAGUGAUACGCAUCUCUCUCUCAAACUGCUGCAUCUGUCUUUGAAUGAAGAGUGCUCGGCAUCCUUCCUUAGGGCCACCAGCAGAUGCAUCCUGCAGCUGCAAACUCCUUCCUGCCUGCACCCAGACCCCAUUUGUCUGAAGUCACCGCUACAGCGAAGUUAGGACACUGGCUGAAUUUAAAUGGGGUACGCUUGAAUGGAGCAAUGCUGGUUGGCUGGAAGGAGCCUCCUUUUCAAUCCGACUGCGUCACUACUGUAUUUAAGUCCAAAUUUCCAGUGUCUAUUUACACUAUGAACUUCACAAAAGUCGAGUAACAGAUUAUGAUGCAGUUUUUAUUUAACUUUUUUCUGCAUUGCUUGAUAAGUUCUUGUGCAUUUCAGUCACACUCUUGCUGACUUGUGGGAUAAACAGCCUCUCUGAUGAGCUGCCAUUAUUGGUCCUUAAGGAGGAUGUUUAUGACUGAAGGCUAUUUCUACACAGACCUCCGCCCUGACUGCCUGCCUGCCUCCCUGUUAAGACCAGGUCUGCUGAAAACUAUGUUGCUGAGGAGGCGUUUGUUGCUUUUCUGUAGCAGGAACUUCCGUGCCAAGACAUGCGUGCUCCAAGACCUCGCUGCAGAGCUGACGGUGUGUAAGGCAGAGCAGGCACUCUGAUGUUUUCAGUCAGAAAGAGGGCUUAGCAAAGUGACAUUUCCUCUGGAUUCUGUAAAGCUGAAGCAUCAGGAAGUAGCAGACAGCCUGUUUUACAAAUAACUCCACAGUAUAAGGUGCUGGAAACUUUAUGUUUUCAUUGAGGUUCGGAGGAAUGUGCAUAUUAUCACAAAUGCCUGUGGUGGAGAGUAAAAGAAACCUACAAAUUUAAAGUUUCCUAAAGUAACACAGACUGGACUAGAUUUAUGAGUACUUUGCUGUGUGGAGAGCAAGAGUACUGCUGGAAAGUAAAAGUAAAAUAAAAAUAAAAGUCUUGAAAUGGUCAACUGUUCCUUGUCCUGUGAAAGCGUGCUCAGCUUUAGCCAUCUGGCCACCAGAUGUACGACAGCUUCCUCCGGUCCCCUCCGUGGAGACUAAAGCUUCUUGCAUCAACUUCCCAACAUCAGACAGGAGAUAGCAUGCAGCGAAGCAGGGCGCAGUUUGAAAACUGGAGUUUUUUCUGAGUGCCAAGCAGCCAGGCACCCUUCAUUUCCCGCGAGGGGUGUUUCCCACCAUCUGGGGGUGGGUGACGGAAUUCCAGAGAGGACCGUUUCUUUUUUAGAUGUGAUGCCAAGUUCUCACACUCUUUUCGGACCAUGGCGGAAAACAAGCAGCAAAGGAAAGGAUCUGGGAGUACAGAACGCUCCUUAUCCCACUUCAGCUUGUGGAGCAUGGGUACAACUGCCAGCGCUGCUCCCCAGCCUGUUUAUGUUGCGUCGCCGCUUGAGAGUGUCCAUGGCAACGGGAUGGCUGACAGCAGGCAGUCUUUGAGCAUGAGCCCCAUCCACACAGUCAACAUCCACAACAACAAGGCCAAGUCCAUUAUCACCAACAAAGUUGCACCGGUCGUCAUCACAUAUAACUGCAGACAAGAAUUUCAGAUUCACGAUGACAUCCUCAAAGCCAACUACAAAGUCGGUCGGAUAUCCGACUCUAUGCCUGAGCACUACCUUGUGAAGGGUGAGUACUUCAUGGUUCAAGAUGUGUACAGCAAAGUAGAUGUCAUAAAUACCACAGACCACUAUGGAGCCCCCAAUUUCCGCCAAGUGAAGGGCUCCUACCCGCUGUAUGGAAUGGGUCAACCCAGCCUGAAUGGCUUUAGACAGGUCCUUCAGAGGCUUCAAGCUCAAGGACAAGAGGAGAUUAUAUUCUUCUGUGUAAGAGAGGAGCCUGUGGUGUUCCUCCACAAGGAUGACGAUUUUGUGCCAUAUACCCCGCGGAGGAAGGAAAAUCUCCACGAGAACCUUCAUGGGUUGGAAAAGGACGGGACAGUGGAAAAACUGGAGCUAACCAUCAGAAAUGAGCUAUAUGACUUUGCCAAGCUCAAUGAAGAUGUCUUCUACGUCUACAACGACAUUGAGUUCUUCAAAGACGAACCGCAGAAGAUAUCGAUCGCUUGUGAGGAGGACAUCCAUGUGACUGAAGAGGUCUAUAAGAGGCCGAUGUUCACCAUGUCGGGCUACAGGUACUACAGACUACCACUACCAGUGGAAGGAGCACCACUGGAAGAAGACUUUGAUGCGUUUGUUACCAUACUCAGGGAGAGCCCCAGCUUGUUUCUGAGCCACACUGAGUCCCAGAAGCUGCCUGCUCUGCUGUUCAGUUGCCAGGUUGGCGUCGGUCGCACAAACCUUGCCAUGAUCCUCGGCACGUUAGUCAUGAACCGCCUCAGAGGGGAUUUGCAGCUGCCACCCCAAAUUGAGGAAGCAGCAGCUUCAGAACCCAGACCACUAUUUCAGGUCAUCCAGCAUCUGAUCAGCAGGCUGCCUAAUGGACAGCAGCUCAUGGAAGAGGUUGACCAUGCCAUCACCUUGUGUUCAGAAAUGCACAACAUUAAAGAAGCAAUAUACGAGAACAAGAGCAAGCUGGAAGGAAUUGGAGAAGAUUAUCAAAUUCAGGGAAGCAGCACCAAAGACUACUUUCUCCACCGAACAAUGCAGAGCUUGGAGCGCUACUUCUACUUGAUUGUAUUUAAUGCCUAUCUUCAUGAACAGUACCCACUUGCCUUUGUGUUCAACUUUAGCCAGUGGAUGUGCCGCCAUGCCUGGUUGUACCGGUUACUGGCUCGUAUGAACCUGUCAGAGCUGUCAGCUCCUGCUGAGCUGGUCACAAAAGGAGCCCGUGUCCUGGUUGCUGAUGAGUGCUUGGCCCCUGAUGUGCUCAGCACAGUCAAAGAGAUGAAGGCGGCCAACUUCAGACGAGUGCCCAAGAUGCCCGUUUAUGGAGUGGCUCAGCCGACAUCAGAGGCGAUCGGAGCUGUGCUGGCCCAUCUGAUGGAUGAAAAGAGGAAGCACAGCCACGUGUUGUGGGUCAACCUGCAGGAGGAUUUGGUGCUGGAAGGAAAUGGACAGAUUCUUACACCCAGGGAAUCGUCACAACCGGACCAGCACAUCUCUGUCCCAACGAGUGAUCCACAGGUUCUAGAGAAGUUAGAAACAUCCCUGAAAGAGGAGAUUCUACAGGCUCAGAAGUGGUUGGAGGUGAUACUAGAGCAUGAGAAGCAGAUGAAGAUGUUUAAAAGCUGCCUGACAGUUCAAGAGAUCUUUAACCAACACAAAAGCUCCCACCAAGGCCUCGAAUACAAACGCAUCCCUGUGACGGACUGCUGCGCUCUGCGGGAGGAGGAUUUUGAUAAGCUGCUAGAGGCCAUGAAGAGCGCUUUGGCUGAGGAUCCCCACUCGGCUUUUGUUUUUAACUGCGCCAGCGGCAGAGGCAGGACCACGACCACCAUGGUUGUUUCUGUUCUGACUCUCUGGCACUUUAAAGGGUUUCCAGAGUGUGCGGAUGAUGAGAUUGUGAGUGUUCCAGAUGCAAAGUACACAAAAGGAGAAUUUGAGGUUGUGAUGCAACUUGUUCGUCUUCUCCCCGAUGGCCACAGGAUGAAGAAGGAAGUAGACUUGGCACUGGAUACUGUCAGCGAGACCAUGACGCCCAUGCACUAUCAUCUGAGGGAGAUCAUUAUCUGCACUUACAGACAGAUCAAACAUGAGAAGACAGAGAAGGCGUGUCAGCAGCAGCUGCUCAGGAGUCUGCAGUACCUGGAGCGCUACAUUUUUCUCAUCCUCUUCAACACAUACCUGCAUCUGGAGAAGAAGGACUCCUGGCAGCGCCCCUUCUCUCUUUGGAUGGAGCAGGUGGCUGCCAGAGCUGGAGUUUAUGACAUCCUUAACCAGCUGGGCUUCUCAGAGUUUGAAGACCCAAGAGACACUCCACUGGCGAGGCUGCGCUGCCGCUGGCAACAGCAAAACAUUCACUCACUUCCUUUCCGAGGGGAGUUCAUCUGAGAGAGGGUCCCUGUGAAAGUACCAAAACAGCUCUGUGAUUUUCAGAAGACCAUUUUGGAAUCAACACAUUUUUUUGUGUGUGUUAUUUUUUUUCUCACUGAUCCCGCUAACCGUUUAACAAUAUUUUGUGUCAAGCCUUGAUUUUUAGCCAAUUUUUGUGCCUUUAAAUCAAGGAGAAAUUUAGAGAUUAUGUAUACUAAUACUUCCAUUUUUAUUCUGGGUUAAAAACAUGUCUUCUCUUGUGAAGGGCUUCAUCGAAGGCUCCUGUUAAAUGCUUUUAGAAAAGGGGAGAGAAACAAAUUCUGCUGUUGGCCAUUUUGUUUGCAAGUCACAACAGUUUGCUGUUGUGUGACCUGAUAUUUUUCUUAAGUGUCGACCUUUUUCUCUGAACAAAGCUGUUAUUAGAAAGAGCUGGAGGCUUUGGAGUCCCUGUGUACAUAUGCAAUCUGUUAUUAAAGUAUUCAUGCUUCUUUGAGCUUUCCAAACACAUUGAAUGAUGAGCUGCUGCCAUGUUUUUAAAGCGGCGAUGUCGUAUCUGUUUCCAUUCACAUGAGAUUACAAGUGUUGUGAUUCAGGUACUUAUGCGUCCAUUGUUUUUAAUGUUCCGUUUAUUUUAUAGAUAUUUAUUUCACUGUAUUUGUUUUAAACAAGUAUGAUGUUUAAUUUUUUUUAAUACUUUCAAGCAUCAUACUUAAGAAACCUGAGAACAUAAUAGCCACAACUACAUCAGAUGACCUGUAAAGGUUUAACUAAAGCAAGUUUUAGAGGAAUGCACUAAUCCUGUUAAAGACAGAUGUAGAAACUUAAACAUUGUUAUUGGCAGUGCUUAAUUUGUAAUUCAAAGGUUACCAGAAUGCAAAUAGUGAUGUCAGACCAAAGCUCACUGAGGGCAAAACUGAUACCAGAAUGCAGGGGGGUGGGGGUGGCAUGAUGAAUGGAGUUUAGUGUUUGAUAGAUUAAUUUUCAAGAUUAAACAUAACAAAAAAAUAAUAAUGAACACAAAAAAAUCACAAUAAAAAAAUCUACUUGCAAGAAACCAA